AUGGAGGAGGGACGGUCAAGGGGCCACUUGAGAGGCGGGGGAUGGAACAGCUCUGACCACAGCUUCGAGAAGGAGUAUCUCAUGGAGGACCCUCCAAAACCCGUCAAGAAGCGGAAGAAGCUUUGGAUAUGUCUCAGUGUCUCAUUAGUGCUUCUCAUCAUCAUCAUUGUAGUAGCGGUGGUGGUCAGCAAGAACAACAACAAGAGCAGUAACACGAAAACGACCCUCGACGACGGGAAUAAGGACAGCGUCCCGAUGAAGUGGCGUGGUACCUAUCUCGACCCGUGGUCAUGGGACGACACAACCGACUUCAACGUCACCUUCACCGAUCAAAUGGUCGGUGAUCUGCCCGUCAUGGGCCUCUACACCGACUGGGACGACUCGAAAAAGGCAAACGAUAAGGUGCCGGCGCUCAAAGACGCAUGGGGCUCGUACGGCUCGCGGCCCGCCCGCGGCGUCAACGUCGGCGGCUGGCUGAACCUCGAGCCCUUCAUCACCCCGUCGCUCUUCAACUACGACUCUAGGCUCGGCAUCAUUGACGAGUACACGCUCUGCAAGCACCUCGGCACGAAGCAGACGGCCGAGGUCCUCGAGAAGCAUUACUCGACUUUCGUCACCGAGUCCACCUUCAAGGAGAUCGCCGACGCCGGCCUUGACCACGUCCGCAUCCCAUUCAACUACUGGGCCGUCGAGGUCUACGACGGCGACCCCUACCUCUUCCGCACCUCGUGGCGCUACCUCCUCCGCGGCAUCGAGUGGGCUCGCAAGUACGGCCUCCGUGUCAACCUCGAUGUCCACGGCCUGCCCGGAAGCCAAAACGGCUGGAACCACUCGGGCCGCCAGGGUGCCAUCGGCUGGCUGAACGGCACCGACGGCGCGACCAACGCCCAGCGCAGUCUCGACAUGCACGACCGCCUGUCCAAGUUCUUCGCCCAGGACCGAUACAAAAACAUCAUUGCCUUUUACGGCCUCGCCAAUGAGCCGCGCAACGUGGAUCUCAACAACGCCGACGUGGUCUCGUGGACCGCGCAGGCCUACAAGCUCGUCAAGAGCAAUGGCAUCGGCGGCGUCGUGGUCUUCGGAGACGGCUUCAUGGGCUUGGCCAACUGGCAGGGCAAAUUGACGGGCUACAGCGACCUCGCGCUCGACGUGCAUCAGUACGUCAUUUUCAACACCGAUCAAAUCGUUUACACGCACAAGAAGAAGGUCGAGUACGCCUGCAGCGGGUGGACGGAGCAGACGGAGCAGUCCAUGGAUACCUCCACGGGCUACGGCCCGACGCUCUUCGCCGAGUGGUCCCAAGCCGACACGGACUGCGCCAAGCACCUGACCAACGUCGGCUGGGGCAACCGGUGGACGGGCACCUAUAACACGGGCAACGCGACGACGUCGAUCCUCGAGCCGCGGUGCCCGACCGAGGACUCCAAGUGCGACUGCGACACGGCCAAUGGCGACGCGGGCGGCUUCAGCAGCGACUACAAGAAGUUCUUGCAAAUGUUCGCCGAGGCGCAGAUGCACUCGUUCGAAAAGGGGUGGGGGUGGUGGUACUGGACGUGGGACACGGAGAGCGCGCCGCUGUGGAGUUACAAAAAGGGCCUCGCGGCCGGGAUCCUGCCGGCCAAGGCGUACGAUCGGGACUUUGACUGCUCCGGGACCGUGCCGGACUUUGGGAGCCUGGCAGAGACCUACCGGAUGUGA